AUGGAAUCUCAGUUCGAUGGUAGACUACAAGCUUCGGCUUCGCAAGCCCCAGCUCAGAACAACGACGGACAAGUCCUCGCCCGACUUCGCGCUCUAACUCUACACCACGGGAACCAUGCCCAAUACCAGGAAUCAACAGUAUUACCCCCAUCUUCAAUUCCACAAUCAUCCACAGAUCCGAUCCCAACAGCCCUGCAGCAAGAUGGGCCGCGUUCUUUGCGCAUCCUGCUGGUUCGCGACAACGUGAUUAACCUGAAAGUCAUUAAUGCAUUCCUCCUGAAACACAAGUACGAUAGGAUCACCACGGCACGUAACGGCAACCAGGCCGUUGCAGCUGUUCGCCAAGCUGCCGAUCAAGGGGAGAGUUUCGAUCUUAUCCUUAUGGAUGUAUCGAUGCCGGGGAUGGAUGGGUUCGAAGCAACGAGGUUGAUUCGAAGCUUUGAGAGAGGUUCAGAGCAGGGGGUCGAUUCGAGGGAACAUGGAAUGUUAGCCAUGGGUAAAGGCGAAGAUGAUCCUCUAGCUGGUGAGGUGAAAGAGAAAGACUCGAGCGGAGGCAGAGGUCGGAAUCGGGCGUAUAUUGUGGCACUGUCCGAAUAUGGAUACGCGAGUGUGAGAGACGAAGUGGAGAGGAGCGGCUUCGAUUGUAUAAUCUCGAGGCCGACCAACCUUGGGAAGGUCAGGGAACUCCUGCAGAGGUUGCAGAAGGAGAAGGAGUGA